CCCUCCUCCUCAUCGCCUCUCUCCUCUUGCUCAUCGUCUAGAGCUUGACAUAUCAAUACUUCGCCAUCGGCGACCACACUCUCCUUUUCCCCUCCCUUUCCUUUACGUCGUUUACAAAUGGGUCUCGACAUCAUCCAUGUCCCGCGCACCGCUGGACACCACCUCAAACGCGUCGUCAAGCGCUCAGACUGUGCGAGUGGUGGCCUCUAUGUCUCUCCCACCGCCGGGCAGAGUGUCUCUCCUUCCAGCAACGUCAACAUCACCUGGGAUAAUACUUGCCUUGGCUCACCGACUCCCCCGCUUGUCGACAUCUACGUGUAUGCCCCUGCGUCGGCUACUCCUCUCAUUCAUGUCUGGGGCAAUGUUCCUGCUUCUACCGGCACAUACAGUGACAUGAUCAACCCUUCGUGGUGGAAUGCGACCGCGGGCUCUACCGAGUCUCUUCAGCUCCUGAUCGUCGGAGCUGGUCAACCUUCUUGGAUGACCUCCAGCCCGUCUGGACCCAUCUUUACGGUGGCCACCCCGUCCAACUACAAUGCAUCUGCUACGGCUGCGGCUGCGGCUACUUCUGGCGGCAGCUCUUCAUCAUCUAACAAUUCUGGCAGCUCUUCGUCUGGCAACAACUCUAUCUACGAGUCUGUCACCCAACUCCUCGAGAAAGUUUUCCCGAAGGGUGCUAUCGCGGCAGCUGUUCUUAUUCCCAUCAUCGUUCUUGUUGCCGCUGCAAUCAUCUACAUCAAGUGGUCUCGCAAGAAGGAGGCCAAGAAACGCGAGCGUUUCUCCCAGGCCAUCGACAAGCGCAUGUCGGUCAUCUCCACCGAUUGGCGGCCCAGCACUACCGCUGGUGCACGCGCGUCUAUCGCCGUGGGCGCUCAUCGUGGCAGUCUUGCUACUUCCGUCUACCUGCCUCGCCCCAGUUCGACCUUCGCCACAGAAGGCGGCCAAGCCGGUCUCGGUGCUUACAACGGGGAGAUGUCUGAAAAGGCCAUUCCUCGUCCAUCGUUCCAAACUCAAACUUCUCUCGGCGUACCAAGCAGUCAAACAACACGCGUAUCUCGUAUCAGCUUCGCUCCCACCGUCCACCCCCGUAUCAGCAUGGCUGCCAAAGACGUUCUUGGAACCUCCGAUGAAGAGGAUGAGGGUGCUAUGAGCCCAACUCAGUUGCAAGGCCCGACUCUCCUGGCUGACGACGAUGUCGCCCGUGCCAGCAUGGACGAGAACUUCAGGGCUGAAGUCCUGCAAAUGCCCGCCAUGACCAUGAUGCGCACUGGCCGCCAGUCAAUCCACGUUCCGCAGACAGUCGACAUGGGUUACGAACAACUCACCGGUGACUACCGUUCCCCGUCUCCUACCAGCGCAGGCACCGUCGUCCCAUCCGUGUCCACCACCAUGUCUCCCUUGACUGGAUUCUUCCCGGCAUCUUCGCCUUCGCCUACCACCACCAUGUCGCCCGAUGAUCAGCUCCGUGCGUAUGCUGCUCGCCGUGCCGCCUCUCCUCUCCCUCCUCAGCCAGCUGCGGUCGGUUCCCACCCCGGCAUGCGUGUGUUGUACGAUCCUUCGGCGCACCAGCAGGCCGCUCAAAUGCCAAAUAUGGCCACUCUAUUAUCGCCUACCCAGCCGUUAACCAUCUCCCAGAACAGCUCAAAUAGGCUCAGCGUGAUGACGACCAACCCCAACCGGCUGAGUGUUGCCACGAACAAUCCGUUCCGUCAGAGCACCAUCAGCCAGGGCGAGAGCGUUGGGAGUCGGUAUUCUCACGCGGAGGUGAACCACGACGUAGAGGCGCACGAACAUGUUCUGGUUGAAGAAGAGGAGCCGAUCCCGCACGGAAGCGCGUUAUGA